AUGCAAUUGCAAGAGAAUAAUUUGGCGAUAGGCCCCCGAAUGCCCCUUCCCUUCUUGUGCUGGAAAUCUGGCACGCGAUCGCGCGAAGGCGUUCAGGGAUUGAGUGCCAAGACUUCACGACUUCGAGCUCUUCGCCGUCCUGACUUCAGCUCCCAAGCUCUGCUGCGUCAUGACCAAAAUUCCCGUCGAAGGAGAAUGAUACGGCGCGAACACUCACGCAACAAUAUGGCCACCAGUCUACCCAACACCAUUUCAACCUCUGCUGAUAAGACAGCGGAUCUGACCAAGGCCAACGCUAACUAUCAAUACGUGCGAGCGGUGAUAGAAGGAGCAUUCAUCAUGCAAUUUCAAUAUGUCCGAAUUCAUUGGCCAAACUCUUGCUUCUUAGCAGAAUCUGCAACACCGCAGCACGAAUUGGGACUACGAUUAGAAGACCCACCAUAUUCUUAUCUUCACACUUUCGCACUGCUAAACUCGCUGUCAGAGAUCGUCAGGUCGAGUGCCACGUUCGCGGGCGCGGGCGCGCGAAAGUGCUACCCUGGGAGCAGACAAGAAGUGCUGCGUCUCCUCGAACCUGGAACUGCCGCAUGCGACGGUUGCAUAGCCUUGCAGCGGUACGUGGGUUGUUCCAUCAGGAAAAGCGUUACUCCUCGUGCUACCAUAUCCUCCAGCCUCGUACUGCUUCUCCACAGCCUGAUUGAGGACUUGAACGCGAAGACUGGCUCAUCUCCACCUUCACCUGCUCGAAGCCGCUGGGGCAGAGUUGACGAAACGAGACUAGUAGCGUCCUCAGAUUCACUCAUUAAUCGCAUAUCGACCGCUCCUCCUGCGCUCCAGGACCCGCCUGCCUUCUGCCGCGUCCAAUACGAUACUUUCCGAAGUCCUCACGACCCGUCAACUUUUUCUCUCAUAUAUUCUUCUCGCACUCUGAGAAUAACUUUCCAACCGCCCAUUUCAUGCUUCAACAUCGCUAGCAAUACAUUCGCCCGGGAUAUCUCAAGCCAUUGCUUAAUCUGCAAUUUCGGGAUCAACAGAAUCGCUUCAACACAGAAGAUGGACCUGCACUUUGCCCACAGGUCGCGAUCAGGUUUCGCACACGAUCUCUCAAAAACCUCGCACAAUUACAGAUCGGGGACAGCAAUAACCAUGGAGCGCGAAUACAUCGAGCCCAAUUGGAAGGAUGCUGAACGGGUGGACCGCCUGUUUAAUCAAGUAAUAGACGCCAAGCAACCUUUGAACAAGCUCCGCAACGCAGCACCUUUCAAGGAUAUUCAGACUAACAUUGACGCGGCGGCUCGGGCACGCCGGGAGGCCAGGCUGGCACAAGACGAUCCGAAGCAGGCCAGAAUGGGACAAAUGCUUCAAGCUCAGGCCCUCAAAGAUGGACCACUACCCGAGGACGAGCAAACACGCACACUUCAACAUCUUUCUCCUGAGGCUAAGACGGAUUAUCGUGUCGCCCAGAGGAGAGAUGCGGUGCUGGACAUGAAUUCCGCUUACGCAGAUAUCCCGAACGAGAGCCUCAGCAAAUCGACGAAACGCAUCGACAAUGAUGUAGCACUGUCAAUGAUCCUUCACCCUCGACAUAGAGAAUCUCAACCUGGCGAGGCGCACGACAUUCCGCGUGAGGCGCUCGCAUGGACUUCAGAUGCAGUGGGUCCACGCUUGGUUGGUCGUCCUGAAUCCCUUCAAGCUUUGUUCCAAGAUGACAGUCUCGUGGAUUCUCGUUUACAGCUUCGGUCGACAGGAGCUAUAGAGGAGCCACGUUCGCCAACCUCGACUUACACCCGCCCGCAACAUCGCACGCCUUCGAGGAGAAGAUUCUUGGGAAGGCGUACUGACACCGAUGAUAAUGCCUUUGGGCUGUCGAAAGGAUAUGAGCUGCCAGAACUGAUAGAAGAUAAAUUCUUGCGUUUGCCAGCUUCAGUGAAGAACAGAAAUGGUCUUCCUAAUCCUUGCGGUCCUAAAGAGCAGCAACAUCUUGCCCGGUGGGAGGCUUUGAGAGCAGCAUCAACGAAGGUGGAUACCUUGGACCAGAACAUAACACUGUCGAACGUACGCGGCGCGCAAGACGAUACUAGCGAUCCUAGUCCGUCGGAGCCCGUCACGCACUCGGGUGGCAGCGUGACUUUGUCCUUUAGUAGCCUGACACUCGAUACCGAACAGUCUGCAACUCUUAAUGCGGACCAUCUUGGCACUCACAAGCGACUGGUACCGGAACACGCGAUGAAUGACGAUGUCAACAAAGAAUCAUCAGUCCGUGACUCCCAAACGAGUCGUCGAAGCGCUCGCGCUACUCAGCCUUCGAUAAAAUUGAGGGCCGAGCUUCAGGAACAGCACGGCAGAGCUACUCCGAAGCAAAGUCUUUCCAGCUCACAUCCAGGAUUCCAGUGCUCGAUCUGCGGAAAUAAAUACGCAGACAAGAACGGUCUACGCCGCCAUAACAGGAAUAUUCACCCCGGACAAUCGCAAAGCAGUCUCGAAAGCUUCACAUUGCCAACCACAACAAAUGACAGAGUGGUCUGUAAAUUCUGUGGAAGUGACUUCUCGAGUAACAGCACGUUGAACCGACAUCAAAGAAGUCAACACCCGGAUCGUGAGGAUGAAUUCGAGCAUGGAAGGACGACAGCAUCGACGACUCCGUUCGAUCCUGAUCUUUCGCGGCAUCGUGAACGCUCUACUACGCUUUCGGACCCGAAGGAUUCUCCGACUAUGGGGUUCAAGUUACCAGAUGAUGACGCUGCUCAGAUGGAGGAGGCUGCAAGAAUAUUGUUGGCGAUGCAGUUCGAUACCAACUUUCCGCCGAAUCUUACAGCUUCAGAGAACAGAUCGCCGGAUCCAGCACGUAAUGCUCCCACCGUGACGAAGCCUCGAAAACGUCCUGCCUCGGGUCCUGGCGGCGUCGAGAACGAGGAACAGAAAUCGAUCGAUGGUGUUGCGGAGAGAAAAAGAAAGCAAAGACGUCGAUUGCCAAGAGGAAUGACCUCGGCGUUACGGCAUGAGAAAGAGGAGAGUGUAUCGACACAUGACAAUCCUCCGGUGACAGAGACGGAGAAAGCGAUCGUUAAUCCACAGAAGAAUUCUGUUGGAAAAGAGACUCCGAGCAAGAGCAAGAGCAAGAUCGAGGAAAGGAAAGAAAGACGUCGGCGUCUGAACGAAAUGACUCGAACGCCACGGUCGUUCGGAUGGGGGGAGGAUGGAUUUAUUACUAGUGGUGCUGAAAUAUUCCCUGCCUGCCCUGCUCUUUUCUUGACUUCUGGUAUCAUUCUAUUGAGAUGGAUGGAAUUCAAAACUUCACAAAAAUUAUGGAUAAUACGCCCUGUUUGCGAUGUGGAAGGCAAGGCAACCGGGAAGGCAAGGCAACCGGGAAGGCAAGGCAAGAAUUGUCAAAUUUUAACUGGUGGUGAAGAGGGCUGUGAGGAGAAUGAGGAGAGUGUUGGGUGGUUCUUCAUUUUCUGGUUUCAUUAUCAUCCUCCUUCUCCUCGUUCAUUGAAAAGCCAGUUCUGACCAUUACGCAACUUGCUACCGACUAGUUCUACACCUCGGCGUGCCUGAAUUCAUGCUCCAGCCGAAAGAAAGACACUGCUUCUGCCACCCCAGACUUGCUGCUCGGUAUGGCAGCAUUCCACCUACUUCCGCGCAUCUCGGCGCUAUGCUGUUCGCGCUGAUUCCAAGAGGGGUAUCUCGUCGUAGGAAUCCAAGAUUUGCCUUCGCGUCGAACGAGUGGUGGUCCUCGAUGGGUGCUGAGUGCAGCCAGUGAACAUCUAUGAGAUCUCCAUGGCCAGCCCUGGCCCUCAAACCUUGCUCAUGUCAACGUAAUAUGCAUGUGAUCGUUUGAGCCAAAGCCUUUGCUACAGCUUGGGCACUUUCGAUUGCGAUUAGAAAUGAGCUCCUUGAUGCAUCCGUCGCAGAAUACGUGGCCGCAAAGCUUGAGGACUGUGUUGCGCAGGUUGUUGUUGCAGACAGGACAAAUCGCGACUCUUCGCCAGUCGUCUGCGCUCGUCUGCGAAAUGGCAGUCUUGCUUUUCUUAAGAGUGUCGUACUGCUUCUUCGAGUCCUCCAGCUUCGUCUUGCAACGUGCAAGAUCCUCUUCGGCUUGUCGCUUCGCCUUUGCCGUGGCCAAGUUGUCCUUGUCCUUGGUGCUGAUCAGUGAUUUGAGCUCCUCGACGGACUUCUUAAGUCCUUCGGCGG